AUGGAUUCAACGUUAGAGACCCCGACCCCGCCGCUUGUAGCCUCCACGACCGAAACAUACUGCUGUAGCAUCAAGGAAUCCAGGCUGCGAGAGAGAAGGCUUCAACAUGACGAUUCCGCGGAAACUCGAUCCCUUUCCCCGGUAGAAGAAAGCGAGGGCGAUUCAGAGGUUAAUUAUUUCAAAAGCGUUCAAUGGUCACCAGACGGAACCACUCUCCUGGCCUCCAGCGCAGAUAACACAAUACGAACUUUCAUUCUCCCCCCAACUCUUCUCGAUGACCACUCAGCCCCGAUAUCCCUCACCCCGUAUACAACGCACACACACCCCACAAGCAUCAACUGCCUGGCUCCAUACCCACAUUUCACUCUCUCCGAACCGACCACUACUCUCUACCUUUCCACACCCGCCGACCUUCCCAUCCGCCUCACAAACUGCCUAUCCCAAUAUCCAACUCCCGUCUCCACAUACCAAUUAAUCUCCCCCACAACCGAAGCCUACCAAACGCCGUCCUCGAUCCUCUGGUCUCGCGACGGGUCUCAUUUCCUCACCGGCACCGACUGCCUCAUUGCCCUAUUCGACAUAUCGAGGAAUGGCGAGGGUCCCGCGACUAGACUACCGACCAUCCCAUCUAAGCGGCAUAAGAUGAAAGGCGGCGGAGUUGGCAUGCGAGGGAUCGUAUCCGCGCUGUCCAUCCAGCCAUCCUCUCCCGACGAGCCCGCGGCCGGGAUGCUAGCAGCCGGGACUUGGACACGCUGGGUCGGGCUUUAUGACACGGCAGGCAUGGGUGGUACUGUAGCGACGUGGAGCAUCGCGGAAGCGGCGGAUACGCAUGCCGGGAUUGGGGGUACGGGCAUUACGCAGACGCUCUGGAGCAGUUGUGGGAGAUAUCUGUACGUGGUUGAGAGGAGGAGCAGGGGGGUUCUAGUAUUCGAUGUCCGCGUCAUGGGGAAGCUUCUGGCGUGGUUAGAAGGCAGGGAAGCAGAGACGAAUCAGCGCUUGGGGGUGGAUGUGUUUGAGGGACAGAACGGGAGGGAGAUCUGGGCUGGUGGCGUGGAUGGCGUGGUAAGGGUUUGGGAGGGAGUUGGGCAGACUGAGGGCGGCUUGAAGAGAACCUGGGAGUGGAAGGCUCAUGAUGAUCCCGUCUCCUCGACGGUGGUGCACAGCUCCGGCACUGUGGUUGCUACUUGCUCUGGGCAGAGGACCCCACUACUCUCUGAUGAGGAUGAUAUAAGCAGCGAUGAAGAGGAAAGUGAUAGUGAUGCAAGUUCGGGUGAUCAGUCAACUCGCUCUCCUAGGUCAACAGGCCGAACACCAGAUAACAGCAUAAAAGUAUGGAGCUUAUGA